GCCUUUGUCACAGGCAGCGGAGCCGACAUGUGCCUAUGACCAUGGAGAUGAAGGACUCGGGCAGCGUGGUCCUGACAGCUUACCAUCCCCACAGCCCGGCCAGAAUCCCAGGCAUGGAGCAGAGCUUUGUGCAGGACAUCCCUCCCAGCCAUUCACCCACCAGCAGAAAGUCUCUCCCUCGUUGUCGAAGAAUUAACAGGAUGCUUUCCAACGAGUCGGCACCUCCUCCUGCAUUCAGUCGCUCCAACUCACAGGCCUCCAUGGACAGUACCUCCAUGGAGGACUUCUGGUGCGAAGUGGAGAGCAUCAAGGAGAGCAGUGAAGAUGGAUCUGAAGAAGCAACACUCCUGGAGUUCAGACCUGCUGAUGAAGGGGAGCUGGAGGCAGAAUGGCUGCAAGAUGUAGGUUUAUCUACGCUGAUCUCGGGCGCUGAAGAAGAGGACGGCCAAGCCCUGCUGUCCACUCUGACCCGAACUCAAGCUGCCGCUGUACAGAAGAGGUACAACACCUACACUCAGACCCUAAGGAAGAAGAACAAGCACAGAGUCCGGGAUGUGAGAGACAUCUUUGGCACCAAUGACUCUUCUCCCACAUUUGAGACAGUUCCAGUGUCACCAGUUCCUUCUAAUGGUAUCCAGCUUCCUGGGCAGAAGCCAGUUUGGAAAUCAGUUAGCUCUAAUAGCUGUCUAGACUGCGGACUAGAUAAAAGCAGCCCAUCUGUAACAGAAGAGCUCUCCUAUGAGGUCUCUUUCUCAGAAUCCAUUACGGUCCUUCCAAAAACCCAAGAAUGGCCAAAAAACCAGAGGUUCAAAAAGGAAGACUCUGCUUUGCCUAAAUUCAUUGUUCGGAAAAGCCGUUUUGGACUGACAGAGGUUGGAGACCUCUCUGCUGAAGACAUGAAGAAGAUCCGCUACCUCUCUCUGAUUGAACUUACGGCCUUCUAUGACGCAUUGGGGGUGGAGCUGAAGAGGAACCGCACAGAGAGGGUGCGGGGACGAGAAAAUGGUCUGUUUGGAGUCCCUCUCACCAUACUGCUGGAGAAUGAUCAAAAGAAGGUUCCUGGAGUAAAAGUUCCCCUCAUCUUCCAAAAAUUGCUGCUCAAGCUUGAGGAAACAGGUUUAGAAACCGAAGGAAUUCUACGAGUGCCUGGAUCUGCCUCCAGAGUCAAGAAUCUCCAUCAAGAACUUGAGGCAAAAUUUUAUGAAGACACUUUUGACUGGGACCAAGUACGAAAUAAUGAUGCAGCAGGACUGCUGAAAAUGUUUAUAAGAGAACUCCCAAGCCCACUCUUCACAGUAGAAUAUCUGCCCGCUUUCAUCACACUAGUGGAAAAAAUCUCCAAGAUCAAGUUACAGCUACAAGCUUUGCAUCUGUUGAUCAUGCUGCUGCCUGAAGCCAACAGAGACACAGCCAAGGCCUUUCUUCAGUUCCUGAAGAAGGUGGUUGCUAACGAAGGGAAAAAUAAAAUGAAUCUGUGGAACGUUUCUAUGAUUGUUGCACCAAACCUCUUCAUCUACAAAGGGAAACGUGCAAACCAACAAGAAAUGCAGGCAGCCGCCACCACAGCGCACAUUGUGCGCCUUUUAAUUCGGUACCAGGACAUCCUGUGGACAGUCCCAUCCUUCCUGAUUUCCCAAGUGAGAAAAAUGAAUGAGGCAGCAAUGAACAACAGCAAGAGGCAGCUGAUGUUUGAUAAAGGAGUGAGAAAACUUCUGAGGAGAAAGACGAUGGAACGGGAGAGACCUGAAAGACCAGAGGGAGCUGUCACUUUUCCCCCAUACCUGCAGUCUGACAUACCCGAGGGGGUGGUAAGAGUUUAUGCUCCACUGCAUUCAAAAGUCUCUAUGGCAAUUCAACUCAACAGCCAAACAAAAGCCAAAGACAUCCUGGCUCGAUUCCACUGUGAAAACAGCCGCGGUUCAUCACAGAACAUGAGAGGCCAGAUCCAAAGUUUACAUGAAAUUGGAGGAAAUAUAGGUCAGCACUGUUUGGAUCCGGAUGCGUACAUGUUAGAUGUUUACCGUGCAAAUCCUCAGGCAGAAUGGGUGAUAAAACCAAAAGCAAGCUGAAGCAGAAGGCUGCGGCGU